UGUAGUCCAAGAACAUCUGGAGGCCCAAUGUUAGGGACCACUGUCGCAGACGAUCAGAGGUUGGAAGACUACCAAGGAGAGGCUAGAAGCUCUAGAGAAGUCCUAUGUGUCUUCCAGUUUUAAAUCACAGACUUUUUUCAUCUGAGCACCUGGAAGACUCCAACGGAACUGCAAAAGGGAUGGGGAGAGAGCCACAUUAGAUGACAGGUUGAAAAGGGGAUUCCUAUUAGGCUCCCUCGGUGAACAGUUUCAUGAUUUUGCCUCUGUUGUGUAUAGGCGAAAGGUAAGUUUUCAGGAAGCUCUGCAUCGCCUUAAGGAGGAAUGCAUGGAAUUAAGGGAGUGGCCAGUCUCAGGUGAAAAAGGCUCAGAUCACCUGGUGAAUGGACAUGUCCUAUAGCCAACAGCGUUCUGCUGGAAUUGUGGAAGAAGGGGCCACAUGGCCUAGGAAUGCCCGCCCCCCCAGGGACUCCUCAGCCACAAAGACCACAUGCAAGGGCUGAUCCUAACAAAGAGAAAGAAAUGGGGAAAAUCUAAUAAAGAAUCUAAACAGAGAACAUGGACAUUUUAUAAUUCUGAGCAGAGAUCAGGUGAGUGGUUUAUCCAUUUUCCAGGUAAGCCUUUCGCUGUACACACAACAGGGAAUUCUUUCUCAGCCCAGAUGAUGGCGGAAGUAUUCAAAGUAUUAGUGGGGAUCCUCUGAAGGUUGAGGGGAACUUCCUAAUGAAAUAAGGGAAACUGCGUUGACUGAAGUUUCGUAUGUCCCUUUCCAUCAGCUUUCCCAGAGGAGAACGCUCCGUAACAAAAGAUGAUAAGAUAUAUUUUCAAGGUUUUAAAUUUCGUGGUCUCUACCGAGCCUUUUAGAUCCGCAGCAGCCCCAGGAGAAGAUGGCAGUGUUGCUUCACGCACAGAGAUCUAAAGGCAAUCCAGGAGAUGAAGGACCACAACCUUGCCACAGGUAUCAAGGUAAACCCACAGGGGGCAAACAGCACAGCCAGGUGUGUAAGCUACGUUACCAGGUAAGGGACUAGACCCUCAUUUGAGUCACGGACUGUAAAAGGAGCACCAAGAUGCUCGAUCUGAUCCACAGGGAUCUGUGCGGGCCGCUGAAUUGCCGGUACACAACAAAUAUAAUAUUUGUGCAUGGCUUUUUUUCAAGGUACCUCUCUGUUGAAGGGAGAAGAGUGAGACGCAUGAGAUGCUCCAGAAGAGCAUGGCCGUGGCGAGCCAUAAGUUUGAAAGAAAACCCAAGGUCGUUCAGACCAACCAGGAUGGAUGGUGUUAGAAGGCAGUCCGGAAGCUGUCACUUCCCAAUCGAUCGAUCUCCGGCGAGCUUGUCCCAAAAGUGGACGCAUUUAUCCUUCCCCCGAGGACAGCAUCUUGUUGACCAAGGAGCCAGUGAAGUAUGGGGAGCUGAUUGUGCUGGGGUACAAUGGCUCGUUACCCAACGGUGACAAGGGCCGACGCCGCAGCCGGCUGGCCCUGUACAAGAGGCCCAAGGCCAAUGGAGUCAAACCAGAUGUCAUCCACCACAUCUCCACACCGCUUGUGUCGAAGGCACUGAGCAACAACUGCCAGCACAGUAUCUCUUAUACACUUUCCCGGAGCCACUCGGUCAUUGUGGAGUACACGCACGACAGUGAGACCGACAUGUUCCAGAUCGGUCGCUCCACAGAAAGUAUGAUCGAUUUCGUGGUGACGGACACGACCCCGGGGUCCAACUCAGCCGUAGACGGCCAGUCGGCUCAGAGCACCAUCUCCCGCUUUGCCUGCCGGGUCAUCUGCGAGAGGAACCCCCCCUACACGGCGCGCAUUUACGCUGCUGGCUUUGACGCCUCGCGCAACAUUUUCCUUGGAGAGAGGGCAGCGAAGUGGAGGACUCCGGACGGACUGAUGGACGGGCUGACCACCAACGGCGUCCUGGUGAUGCACCCCAACGGCGGCUUCAGCGAGGACUCCACGCCAGGCGUGUGGCGCGAGAUCUCGGUGUGCGGGAACGUCUACGCGCUGCGCGACAGCCGCUCGGCACAGCAGCGGGGGAAGCUGGUGGAGUCGGAGUCGAACGUGCUGCAGGACGGCUCCUUGAUCGACCUGUGUGGGGCCACCCUCUUGUGGCGGACCUCGGAGGGCCUCCUGCGCACCCCCACCCUGCACCAGCUGGAGGCGCUGCGGCAGGAGAUCAACGCCGCCCGCCCGCAGUGCCCGGUGGGCUUCAGCACCCUGGCCUUCCCCAGCCUGGCCCAGCGCGGGGUGGUGGAGAAGCAGCAGCCGUGGGUGUACGUCAACUGCGGCCACGUCCACGGCUUCCACAACUGGGGCUUCCGCAAGGAGAAGGGGGGCGUGGAGCGGGAGUGCCCCAUGUGCCGGCGCUCGGGGCCCUAUGUGCCUCUCUGGAUGGGCUGCGAGGCGGGCCUCUACCUGGACGCCGGGCGCCCCACCCACGCCUUCUGCCCCUGCGGCCACGUCUGCUCCGCCAAGACUGUGCAGUACUGGGCCCAGAUCCCGCUGCCCCACGGCACCCACGCCUUCCACGCGGCCUGCCCGUUCUGCGGCACCUGGCUCACCGGCCAACAGGUGCUCGGAUCUAGCCAUACAGCGCAGCUGCUCCAGAGGAGGCCCUACAAGAUGUCCUGUCUAAGGAGUCAGAACUGUCUUGAGGACUAG